CGCUCUUCACCUAGUAACUACACACCCAAUUGACCAAUAAGGAGUACCACUCACCCCAAACACCUUCUACAAACCUACAUACUACACCCACCCCAAACCCGGAACAUUACCACCAAAAAUGCAAAAAAGAUACGAUCUCAUCCUCCUGGACUUCGACGGCACGAUCUUCGACUCGGAAGAAGCAAUCUACAGCACCAUGCAAAAAACCUACCACCACUUCCACCCCACCGAGCCAAUCCCAACAACCGCCCUCCGCGCCCAGAUCGCCCAAGGCCAAGCCCCCGAAGCGACCUUCCGCGCCCUGCAACCCUCCGCCGCGGCGCAGGCAACCUUCAACGAAUCCCUCUGGAUCAGCACCUACCGUGCGCUGUACGCCACGCACGGCCAACCGCUCACAACACCCUACCCGUACACGCGGACCCUGCUCCGCGCCCUGGCGCGCACGCAUCACAUCCCCGUCGCCGUCAUCAGCAAUAAAGCCGUUGCAGCGGUUACGACUGCGCUGCGGCGGGAGGGAUUGCUCCGUGGAGACUGGGAGGAGGAGGAAGGGCAGAUUCCUGAGGAGCUGGUGGUCGGGGAUGGGGUGUUUGCGGUGGGUGGGAGGAAGCCUCAUCCGUCUGGGUUUGCGGAGGUGUUGGUGCCGCGGUUGAGGGCGUAUUUUCUUGCGUGUAAUCGACGGGGUGGGGAGGAGGGGAUGCGGUGGUUGGAAGGGGAGGUGGAUAUGAGCAGGGUGUUGAUGGUCGGGGAUACGGUCACUGAUAUUCGGUUUGCGAGGAAUAUUGGGUCGCCCGUUUGUUGGUGUCGGUUUGGGCAGGGGGAUCCCCUCGAGUGUGAGGCGUUGCGGCCGGAGUUCGUGAUUGAUGAUUUGAGGGAGUUUGAGUCUAAGGUUCUUCGGGUCGAUGUAUAGAGUCUUCAUUAGAUGGGCUGAGGAUUGGGGACUUUAUGUAUAGACGAGGUUUGGGAUUAUACUGGUGAACAAGAUAGAUAAACGGUUUUAGAUGGCGGUGCCGAUGCUUCUGGGCCGU